GGGCCGGAAUCGCGUGCCGGACCGUGUGCGUGUAGUAUCGCUUGAACGUCGGGCCCCUUGCAACCAUUACUCAGCAAGCAUCGCAGGCGCGCUCGGUGUUCGGCGCAACGCUUGCCUGGGCAGGGAUUGCAGGGCUGCAUCCUUGGUGCAACCGGUGGUCGUGAUGGGCUGCACACUGCUGCACAGUUGACGGGCAGAUGCACGCGCGAAACCAUCGAUCACACGGCACCUGUGCAGCUGCUGCCGGACUGCUACCAAUACUACAACCACCAUUACAGGGUCAUCAACUAGAACCGAGGGGUCCAAAAAUAGUUUGUUAGCGCCUAGUGCUAGUUUCCACGGUGAACGGCUGCGAGGAAGUGCUGUUUUUGUUUUCCUCCUUUUCGCGUGAAGGCCGAUGGUGCUUUGUUUGAGUAAAUUGAAGUUCGGCAAACGAGCCCGUUCCCAUUUAACGCCAGUUUGAAUUGUGAACCGAUUUUGGAGUAGCAGUGGUUUUCAAUCACGGAACCUAAUCAACUUGGAGUGCAAUCGUGCAGGAUAGUGGCCAAGCUUACAAAACCCCUGUGGCUGUCGCGAAAGGCGUCUGCUGGGAGAAGGUGCAAUCGAGAUUUAAAUGAUAACGUGUCACUCAGAACGUGUGCUCUGGUGGUGUUUGUUAGUGUGUGUGUGUGUGUGUGAGUAAAUGUGCAUAUAUCUCUGUGCAAAGUUAAUGCAGUGUCCUUCUGCGUGGCCAGGUCCGGAGCUCCUGGCUUAGGUGUGCAGCAUAUAUGCGUUUCAAUAGAGCGUGAGCCUGUGUGUGAGUGUGUGUAUGUGCUUGUGGUGUAGUGUUUUAAGCCAUCUCAAUGUGAUAAAAAACCACGAAAGGGGGGUAGGAAUAUAUUCAAACCCGUGUUCUGCUGUCGCUUCGGUGGAUGGAAACGACUUCCAGAGUCGCAUGCAUUCUACGCUUCAUCUUCGCCUGAUGAGUUCUGUUAGGCACCUGGUUGGGAUGGAACUAAAUGUCUGUGAUAUCUUGUUUUUACAUCGUGUUUCGCGUGUCUCUGUAUAUGCCUGUGUCUAGUCGUUUGUAAGUGUUUGUGUAUGUGUGCUCGAGUAUGCAUAAGACCCGUUCGGAAAUUCUUUAAAAGCACGCCGUAAUAGGUGUCCUAGAUCUUGCUUUUCUUUUUUUGGAAGAAAUAUACAACUUGGAAGGUGUUUUGCUACGCCAGAACUUCGAUUCGUGUCUAGUGCUCCUGUUGAAUGUAGCUACAAGAAGGCGAAGAAACAUUCGCCCAUAAUUUAGAGAGGUACGUGACACGAACUAUAAAUAAAGCGUGUGUCCGAAAAGCCUGCCCUUCCUGCAGUGGAGGUUGGAUCCUCGCAACAGCAAAAAGAAAUUGAAUCUGGUGCGCGUUUUGACGACGGUUCGGACCAAACCUCAGAAUCCACACGCGCGCAACCGUAAAAAAAGGGAAAAUAAGGGAUCUUUCCUUAGAUUGACAAAUUGGAAUCGAGCGAGCAGACCGUUUGAUAAUUUGCAUUUUUCGAGCUAGGGAAGAAUUCUUGGGCGCUCCCAAGAAUCCUCCUGCCUGUUCUGACCGGAUUUUGGACAUUAUGGAUGCAUACCGUCCAGCGAAAAUAUUAUCGAAACCGUGAUUUAUCCCGCUGGUGUCGUGAUCCGUGCCCCGUGGAAGGCCAAAGCAACAAACAAACAAGGGAUGACGUCCCCGAAACUUGCUCGUGCGGAAAAGAAUCGGUGGCAGUGAUCGAUAGUGGAAGCAGUGGAGAAAGCCAAAGGGUCCUUUCCAGGGCGAGGAAAGAGAAUAGACACUGUGGGCAGCAGCAGCAGGAAGCUAAGGUGCAGUCACGAGCCUCCAAAGGCGGGACGGGCGCUUGCCUGCCGAAAAAUCAUCAUCGUCUAACAAACCGGUGUGAAGAUCGGUGUGAAGCGGCAACCCAUUCCCGGGUGAAAGGAUUCGCAAAUUUAACCUUUUUCCUCCGGUGCCACGUCCACUUUUAGCACCCAAACACACACGCGCACACACGUAGGCAUACCACUUAGGAGGGCCGCGUGCUCAUCGAACGUGGCGAGGCGAGAUCUCAGAUGGAUUACCAAGAUGGCGUGCCGGCCCACCGGAUCGGGUUGUUAGCGGAGUGAAAUUAUGUUCGACUACCAAGGGAUCAGUUGACACUGUUUGAGCAACUUACGAAGCACGCACGGCACUAGCUAAAGAUGAUUGGAAGUGUAGGAGGUCGACAUAUGUCGACAAGACGGCGGGGUUCGUCCCCGAUGGUGCGCCUAGGGAACAAUCUCAACCUGCAGCUCGAACCGCCCGAUGGUGUCAACACGCCGCGGGUGUCACCGAGGCGACGGCGUGCAGUGACCACCAGUGACCACAAGAGCUGUGCAUUAAUUCAAACAAGACUGAAACUAGGAGACAUCAUGUUAGCAGCGGCUCAAGAGGCGGCGCUCGCAGGUCAGACCUCGAACGGGACUCAGUUUGGACGCAAAGGAGGCCAC